GUGGAGACUCAUGUUAGUCGUCUGACCUUUCUUCUCCGAGUUUUGAUGCUUUGGGUGAAUGCUUGGUAGACUGUUGACAGACAUUCGCUAUUGGCCGACGAUCUCCUUGGCAUCUGGGGUACUUGAGCGGAGAUGUCUACACCUACGGGGCCGCUUGCAGCUCUCACGACCGUCUUCACGCCAUCGUGUUCAACCUCGUGGCUCCUGACAACCACCAAAGUUCCGUCGCAGUAUCCGCCUUUCCCCACCACCGGGCCAUCCCGGUGUGAUCCACCGUCGUGGGCAGCCAACAUCGAAGAUGAAGGCUUCCAAUACUACUCACCCGCCAUUUGCCCGUCCGGAUUCGAGGUAGGGCCAAGUUGCGAGGUAACAAAGACUCGGACAGCUGAAGGGUUUGCCCCAGUGGCGGCUGGGGAGACGGCUGUCUACUGCGUACCAAGUGGUCACACUUGUACGACCGACACGACUGAUUUCCGUGGUGGAGUCUGGGGGUUCACGCGUGCUGCGGCAACCCCAACGUCUGGCACUGUCAUUGUCACGGUUGGACCGGCGCUGCAGAUUCGAUUCAAGGACGAGGACUUGAGCAUUCUUGAGACACAUCCCCUGACACCAGGGCUCGUUCUGGCUGCUGUUACCACAGGUACAGUUUCCAGCGAGGCGUCUCCAGUGUCAACUACUCUUACAGGCUUUUCUACCAUCACCAGACAAGCGACUACCACAACUGCUGGUGAGACGACACUCUCACAGUCCUCCAGUGUCGAUACAUCGAAGGGCGAGGCUACUUCAGACAUCGAGCCCGGAACACUAGUCAUCACAACUACCGAAAUAUCAACAGCAAUGCCAACGAGUAGCAGCUCUCAAUCCUCAAUCAAUCCGGGAAGCCUCGCCGCAAUCAUUCUGUCCAGCAUCUUGGCUGUAGUAGUGAUGGCCAUCGGAUCAGUAAUCAUCCUACGCCGCAAUCGCCGUUCCCAGCAGAACAAGUCAGCUCGUUCCCUGCGUCUUCACCGGGUGCUGUGGCAAUCCCGCGAUGCUGGUCCCGGCGCUGGACGACGCUCAAGCGUGGCUAGUGUGGCUUCUAUAGGUUUGCCUAUGCAGAAUACCGAACUUCCUGGCUCAGCACCAAUCAUACCAGAACUAGCGUUGAGCACUCCCUUCGGUGCCAAAGAGAAUCCUGCCGAGCUCAACGGGCGUGGAUUGGCGGCAGAGUUGACUGGCGGGCCUGUCGCGCCGUCGACGACUUGGAGCUGGAUGUCUCGAGCGUCCGGAAAGUGGAGUACCCGAUCGUGGAAGACGAGAUCCUCCGUUGCGCGUUCCUCGUUCCGUUGGACGCGGUCGGCCGCAUCUGUGCAGACUGCAUCAUCCGGACAUUACUCUGGCGAUUGGGACAGCUUUGCGCGAGGCAAAUGGGGCGAUGCUGAUGGACUUGGAGUGCCAGCUGUGCCCACGGAUCGACCUCUACCAGAAGUACCCAAGACACCCAAGACGCCUGGAUCAGCAAGACCACACAUCGCUUCGCAUUUGAAACCGGAGCUUGAUCUGAACAAAUUGCGCCGCAUUAGUGAUGGGACAUUUGGUGCGCCAGGGAGGAGUCCUCUCAGUCCCAGAUUUAAUAGGACUUGAGGUACGGCGAUUUCAGUUGUGACAAAGAGCGACUAUACCCUGUAUUAUUAUUGUUAUUUCGUUCACACCUCUCGAGGUCCUAUAAUAUUAGAAAGAAUCAAAAC